AUGGUGGCUGAAGAGGUGGUUGAGAGGAUACGAGCUUACCAGGAGUCGUGCCGGGACAUCGAGAAAGAGCGUGAAAAAGGCGCGUUGACAGCCGCUGACUACGAAGAAUACAACAGGCAGAUAGACAAGACACUGCGCGGCCUACGCGAGCAGGUCCAGCGACAGGAGACUGCUUUGAGAGAGCCACACGAACGACUGUCACAGACACGCAGGGCUAUCCAGGCAUACAAGUCGCUCUUAUCCGAUGGAGAGCCCCAGCUUCCGGCCCCGGACUCGCCAUUGAAUGGUCUCUUGGCUAUUCGGGAAGCUCGUCGAUUGGUUCAAGAAUUCAAGCACACCAUUCCUUCAACGGCAGAACAGCUUGUCCGUGAUCGUGAGAGACUAAAAGCUGAAGAAGCCGAUCUACAAGACGCCAAUGCAAUAACUACCGAACUCCAGCGGAGAAUACGGGAUAUUCGCCAGAACGGACGAGACGAGAAUGAUACUGGACGGAAGAAAUCAAGACAAGACUUGAACCGAGCUGCAAAAGAACAGAUCAGGGAACACCGAAGAAAAGGCGUUGAGAUAGAUGAGAAAACUGCAGAGCUGCAAAACGCGUUAAAGGAGUUCAUUGAGGAACAUCUUGCACCGAUGCUUGCAGCAGAGGAUAUUGGUGGGCCGGUUGUUGGUGAUCAGGUCGAGGUAUCUGAUUCGACUCUUGAAGCUGGAUAUACAACAAGAGGCAAAGAACGAAAAGCCUCCAGGGUUAGCAGUGGACAAAGUACUGGUAAUAAGAAGCAGCAGCAACGCAUAGACGAGCUAAUUCAUCGAGGCAAGAGAGGAGGUCAGCCUAGUGGGCGCGAUGGAGAGAAUGGGGACGACAAUGAGGAAGAUGUUACUAGAAUCAAUAACCCAAGGGAAGCUGCUGCGCAAGAAAUGCAGUCUCUUCUAGAUUCGCUGCUGAGCAUAGCGACUACGUCAUCGUACGUCGAACUAGACCAAGACUCCGCGGCUUCAAGGUUCCUAGUCAAGGCCAAGAUCGCACAGUUCCACCCGCGGGAUUCACAGAAGUUGCGACUGAUCGAUGUUGCAAGAGAAAUAGCAGACUAG